AUGACACCAAAGCCGGGAACUCUAGGUCAUGCCGUGAUCCAGAAGAAGCCCUUGUGGAUCAUAUUUGCACACAGCAUGGUGAUCAAGUUGUCCCAGGAGUUGAUUGUGAACUCACACAAGACCAUUGAUGCACGCGGGGCUAAUGUUCACAUUGCCUAUGGUGCUGGAAUUACCAUUCAGUUUGUUAAGAACGUGAUCAUCCAUGGGCUUCACAUACAUGAUAUUGUUUCGGCACCAGGUGGCACGGUUAGGGACUCUGUGGACCAUGUGGGGUUUAGGACAGCGAGUGAUGGAGAUGGAAUUUCUAUCUUUGGAUCCACAAAUAUUUGGCUUGAUCAUCUUUCUAUGUCCAAUUGCCAAGAUGGUCUUAUUGAUGCCAUUCAAGGAUCCACUGCCAUCACCAUUUCAAACUCCCACUUCACCCAUCACAACGAUGUAAUGUUGUUUGGUGCAAGUGACACCUUUGCAGGUGAUAAAAAAAUGCAAGUCACAGUGGCGUUCAAUCAUUUUGGAAGGGGAUUGGUGCAGAGAAUGCCAAGGUGCAGAUGGGGUUUCUUCCAUGCUGUUAACAAUGACUACACUCACUGGCUUAUGUAUUAA